AUGACGCUAUUUGCCGAUGUGUCGAAACAAAUACAUUUAUUAGAUGAAUUGAUAUUGACGGAGAUGAUAUCGGGUAAAACCGAUUACUACGAAGAAUCCAUACAAUUUAGCAAACAUCUUCUUACCACAAAAUAUUGGUACAUGCGCAUAUCCUGGACGAAUAAGAAGCAUUUCUUAUUGUCACUCCUAGAAGAUGUUAAAAGCGUAUGGACUCUAUCGCUUUUACUGAAGUCUAUUUGGAACUGUAGACCGAAAGAUGCCGUAUCGUCUAUAACCGAAAAGCAAUUUUGGAGUAGUUAUGAUCAGGUUCCUUUAGAUAACAACAGAACCGUUUUACCAGUUUCUAUGUUAAAGCAAGUAAUGGUUAAUGAUCGGGAAUGGUUUUCGACCCUGAAAUCUGAUCAACAAGCUUUAGUAUUAUCUGAACUGUUAACGGUAUCGGGUGGUCCAAUCAUGUGGUGUAUACUGUCUAGAACUCAGCAGAUAUUUGAGGCGCAUCGCGAACAACAGCUACAAGACAUGAUGGACUGUGUAGUUCUGAAUGAACCACCAGCAGAGAAGACAAAGGCUGCCCCCACUGAGGUCAAAAAAGAAACGCCGCGUCGUAAGACGUCGCUAAAUACGCCAAGUCAAGCUCCACUACCUGGACAAGCCCAAAGAGAGUUGGAAAUAAACAUGGCUACUUGGAAUUCAACUAUAAAGUCAAUCCGGGAUAGCUUUAAGCUGGAGGAGAUUGAAAUGGUGUACAAAGAUGGCACUAAAAAGACCAUUUGGAAAGUCAACAGACCGAAGCCCGAAAGUUUGGAAACCGUUGAUUUUAUUCAGCUUCUACCAGCAAUAAUUGCUAAACGUAUUCUCCUAUACGUGCCUCAAGCGCAGUAUGCAGAUUUAUCAAGAGUGAAUAGAUAUUGGGCAUUUCUUAUUGAUGAGGUCAAGGCCGAUAUGUUGGCUAGGCAAAAGAUCAAUAUGGAUAUAGACAAAUUGCGAGAAAUUAUACUACGUCACGACCAAGAUCUGGGUAUGGUGAGCGGCUCUGAGCUUUACACAAAUACGUCUACAUUCGAUGGUGACACCUACCAUAUCACAUCACCAAUUAGUGUAGAACCAGUUAAGAAACCGGCUAAUACUGCUGAUUGGAGGAGAGAGGUGAAAAGGCCCCCACCAACUACCCUUAAACCCAUUCGAAAAAUGCUCGAUUUAUACGAGCGUUUGGAUCGACGUGGGGCUGCUGAUGAAAACAUGUGGAAAUGGUGUUCAAAUAUUUUAAAAUUGCGUAAAAAAAUGGUGGGCCAUGAUAUAAAAAAGGAAUCUGAAGGGCUCUUACCGUUAUGCGAUUUAAACUUUCCUUGUCCUCUUUUGGUGCACAGUUUCAAAGUUCCCUUAGAAAUUCCCCUUAUUGUAGAUCCUACGUUAAAGUGA